UUGCUGGCCAGUCCACUCUCAAUGGCCCUGCGUGGACUGUCCACGUCGGCUAUGCGCCGCCAAACCUUCAAUCUGGGUCAGGACCCACCGCGUUACAAGGUCCCAAACGAGAAGGAGCAACGGAACCCCAUCAAGUACAGAUCUAGAGAGUCGCUUUUUUUCCAUAAAACGCUGCCUUCAAAAUUCCGUCUGGGGAACGAACCUAUGUACGAAAACCCGCUUGCAGGCUUUGUUGCUGGAGCAAAGAGAUUCAGCCUAGCAUUUGGGUUUAUGGGGCUGUGUUUCUCGUACUUAAUGUUCCAGACAGAGUACGUUCUGCAAGAGCUGUGCGAGGCAUUUGCUGCGGCCUCGCUCAUGCCGUACCCUGUGGUGCAAUAUUUGUACUCGCCGUACGUGCUCCGCAUCUACAGACUCUACGACACCACGAAGGAGCAGACCUUGGAGAACCUGGUGACCGACGAGACGCUUGUGUUUCAGAAACUCAACUGGUCGGGCUUCAAAGUGUACAACGAGCUUGUCAAGGUUGAUGACCUGCAAAUUGCGGCAAAAGAUACUCCAGAAAGUCGUUUUGGAUUCUCGAACAUGAUUGCUCGCGAGAAAGACGACCUGACGCGCUCAUUCUACGUAGUUGACGGGUUUGGAGGCAUGCGUAUGAACCGCAUAUGGAAAAUUGCCGAAACACAUUCAGGCAUCGAUUCUGCUCGGCCGUGAGCAGGUGCGGCAAAAUAUUUAUUUUUCACUUAAUUUUUCAAGGUGGAAAAGUAGAGCAUGAAAGUGGUGAUCCAGAGGGUGAAGCAGGCCUCCGUGACGGUCAACAAGGAAGUCAUUUCGCAGAUCAACAAGGGGCUUAUGCUAUUGGUUGGCAUCUCGACCGACGAUAGCAAGGAAGACGUUGAAAAACUGGCCAAUAAGGUGUUGCGGCUGAAGCUUUUCGAGGACGUGGGCGUCGACGCCAACACCAAAACCGAGUGGGUCGGCAAGCCAUGGCAGAAAAGUGUUGUGGACAUCAAAGGAGAGAUCUUGUCAGUGUCACAGUUCACGCUCUACGGCAACAUCAAGAAGGGCGCCAAGCCUGAUUUCCACCGUGCACAGAAGGGCCAUGUGGCCCAGGAGCUGUACGAGAUGUUUUUGAGCCUGCUUCGUGCAGAAAUGGGUGAGGACAAGGUGAAGGACGGCCAAUUUGGCGCCAUGAUGGACGUGGGCAUCGUCAACGACGGGCCCGUUACAAUUGUCUGGGAUACAAGGGAUAAAUAAAUUAUUCUCUAUUUCUUCGGAAUAGCCGAAAAGGGCUUAGCGCUCUGGAGGGGGAGAAAUUAGGGCUGUUGGAUCGCGCAGGCGAAAAGCUUGAUUUCGAUUGCACUGGGGACAGUACGGACUCAGAUCUAAGACUUCGUUGGAAUCGUGGUUUGCGGAUGUCGCUUUCUGAGAGCUCGAGGCCGUGCUGGAAGUUGCGCAGCGCGUCCGCAUACGCCGUUUCCGAGCUUACAUCCAGCUUGGGCUUUUGCAUAUGGUACAACGGGCCGACCACCACGACAGGUACCUGGGCGUAUUGCAAGCAGUAUUUGGACAUCGACUUGGAGCCGAUGAUUGCACGAAAGCCUGUUUUUUGUGUUCCGUGCGUGCCCACUAUCAGGAUCACCGGAUCGUACUCCUUGAUGGCCUUGGUGAUCAUCUCGGGCACUUUUCCGACCUUGAGCUCGAGCACAAUUUUUAUUUUCUUAUCUUUGGAGUUGAGCGUCGCGAUUUCUUCAAGUAUCUUUUCUCCUUCCUUUUUAUAGUCUCGCUGGUAAUCGCCCGCCGCAUCUUCUUUCGAGAGCACCCGUAGACACACAAGCGUGUCGCCGUCACUGACCAUUUCGUCGAUCGUCCAUUUCAAGGCCAGUAGUGAGCACUCGUUGUCGUCGUAGCCACACAUAAACGUCCGCGAGACUCUGUCGAAAUGGAAGUCUCUGUGCUUCGUCGUGAGAAUGUAUUGC